GGCGGAGUUAACAGAGGAGGGGGCGUGGCUUAGAUCAGCUGAUCGCAGCCGCGUUUCGCGCCAAUAUCGAAAACUUCCCGCAUCCACAAUCAGCGGUACGGACAGACUUCACGAACUCCUCUCGUCGUACGUCUUCAAUUGAGUUUGGGUUUUAUUUUAAGGUUCUAUCUGGUUGCGUAAAGAUGCCUGGUGGACGCAAGUACUUGGACCUCAUUGCUGCAGUGACAGAGAACAUGGGCAUUGGCAUGAGGGGCGAUCUCCCGUGGAGCCCCAAACAUCUCAAGAUAGACUUCGACUUUUUCCAGACCAUAACUGCUGCUGCAGCUGAAGGAAAGCAGAACGUGGUGAUCAUGGGACGCAAGACGUGGUUUUCAAUCCCCGAAAAAAAACGUCCGCUCAAAAAUCGCAUAAACAUCGUCCUGAGUCGGGAGCUGAAGUGUCUGCCUGAAGGAGCUCACUACCUGGCUCCAGACCUCAACUCUGCUCUGAGCCUCAUAGACUCCACCCCAGCGAUUCAGGAGAAGCUGGAUGGGGUGUGGAUCUUGGGAGGCGGCGGCGUAUAUAAGGAGGCCAUGGAGCACAGUGCGUGCAGACGCCUCUUCAUCACGCGUGUCUUGCAGACAAUGGAGGCUGACGCCUUCUUCCCAGACAUCGAUGCUGACAAGUUCAAGCUCCUGCCGGGGUUUCCUGGCGUUCCCGAGGGAAUGCACGAGAACGAGGGAUUCCGUUUCCACUUCGAGGUUUACGAGGCGGUGGACGGCAAGGCCGAUGCGUGAGUCGCCCAGCUACCGCGACGACGUCACCGUUGCCUGUGCCGGCAAGAGGCCCGGGCUCAUGUCGUCGCCGUUUUGUGACCGGAUUGCGGUUGACGCGUGGUGAUGAAAGGCCAUCUUCAUCGUUAACACCGCCAAAACAGGAAACAACACGCAUGCACAGUCGAGUUAACUGACCGCACAAUGUACAACGACGCGACUCGCGACCCACAAAUACAAAGGAGACGUCACGGCGAUACACUCCGCUGCUCCUAACGCUGUUUAUCUGGCUUUGACCACCUCAAUGUGAAAUCGUUGUUGUUGCUCCGCAUCUACAUCAGCAGCCAUACGAAAGAAGAAGAACUGUCGAUUCUCCGUGUGCCAGCUUGCGCAGGUUAACCCGGUGGCAGAGUAAUCGAGGGGGCGAGGAUAAUUUUACUCGCUGCUCCUCACUCGUCGAGGUUUGGUGACCAUAAACGCGCCGGCCAAGCAAGCUGAUGACUUUAAUAAGCUAUCAAACGUCCUUUUAAGAUUCACAGUUGAUUUUUGGGUCAGAUCACUGCGUGAGUAAAAUGUGCGUCGUGAACCCUCCUCCACCCAACGCAGCCAAUUAAUAAAAGACGUCGCGUGACCAAACGUGCCAACUUAUUUCCGCUUCGGCAGCACCUCCAGUGGUGUUGGAGAGAAAUCUCACGAUAUUUAACAAUUGGGUUGCGCAGUUUUCACAGACAGUCAUGUCUAGCAUCACCAGGCAGUUACCAGAAUUUUUUUCUGGCCACAAUUAUUAAUCAUGAAUUAAGCCUACGCGUUAUAUUUACACCAUUGUUUACCUAAUUCACAAAUGUUUUGCAUCAUCUCCACUUUUGUUUUAUCUGAGUCACCGCUGCUUUACCUCAGAAUCGGCAGUUGACCGUAUAGUAGUCGGCAAAAGACCUUCUUCUGAGCAAUAAUAAAUAAGAUUUAGAGACUUGCAACAAUUCUGUAACCUAUGGCAGUGCAAUGUUUGUAAACUGUCGCAUAAUGAAUGGGGCAGCUCUUCUAUCCAUGGGUGAAUGUUGACAUGACUCAUGCAGCUGUCACCGCACUGCAGCUGCCUUCUCUGAUAGAUUACCAAUACCCACGAUUCGCCACUAAGUGACGGCGACGUCACCACGGCGCCUGUGCCAGGCCAGGUGCACUUUGAGGCCACGUGAAGUGUCGAAGGCUCGCUGGCAGGAGGUCACGGGACAGACCCAGGUGCCACUGGGUCGACUGACUGAGAUGACGACUGGCAGAUGCACCACCUGUGCCCCCAACUGUGCCAGUUUUAUCCACCCGGCGCUCCGCUCGUCGUUGUGAGCGUCGCUCCUCUGCCCUCCGUUGUUGUUGGAGGGCGACUGCCUCCAAAUGACCGGUGGCAGCGUCCUUCACGAGCCUCCUCCACGAUAGAUCGUAAUAGAUUGCACUGCCCUUCGCAGCCUCAUGGACGCUGCCGAGGGCGGGGUGACCGGUGACAGUCGGCGCACUGGACUUGCAACCUACAGGGGUCGCCCUAUUAGAUGUUCCCGGGACCGCAAUCGAAGCAUGAAACAACGGGGGACAAGUUUCUUAAACCCAACUCCCCCAACCGCCUCUGUGCAGCCAGCAGUAUAAAAUGGUCUCGCCACUCCGUAGGCGAUCGACAGGACAAAUGAAUGGAUCCGCUGUAUCCAGUUCAUUAUGCAACGUAAAAAAAAAAUCAUUUGCCAGCACCGAAGUGGAGGCUAAGCUACCCGCGACGAUGGCUUCUCCAGCAGAGCUCCAUGUCGCAGAGGCCCUUCCGCCUGCAGUGGCAUGGCCAGGCAAUUGCAGCGCUGCACCCUCAUCUGUGUACACCCUCCAGAGGACAAGCGACAGUUCGCCGCCGGCUCUUUUGAUGUGCAGUCGUGCUACGGGGCAGCAGGCGGCCUUUGAUCACGUGAUACGCCUGCCACGCCGGCUUAGGUUGCAGAAUUUAAAAAAAAAAUCGUCUUAAUUGUCCAUUUCCCGAAAGCUCGGUGGCCUGCUAAGCGAUGUUUUGUCACAGGGCAGUGUGAAUAAUGAAGGUGGUGAGCUUCGCGUCGGUAAUUUGUGAUUGUACGGCACUGUCAAUGGCGGUCACUUAAUUCGCUUGCGUUGUUUUGUUGUUUAUUUGUUUGACCAAUGGCAGGUGGGGUACACUAUCGAGGCAGUGCGGCCAGUCCAAUCUACAUUCCAACCCCCCUUAGACCGGCUGAGUGUGUGGCUGUUGAUGAGAGCAACGGGGUAGAGAGGCAUGGAGAAUACGGGUGACAUCCGCGGUAACGGAAUGACGCGAGCAACGGAGGUGCAGUUUUCGUGGAAUGGGAUUUUUUAUUUUAUGCAAGUGUAUAAGAGCUCAUUCUAGUUCUAGAUUUGAAGCUUUCGUAACUGCAAUGAUCCAUGCUCUUUGGUUCUUUCGGUAAAGUCACGUAGGUGAAAAAAUACAAAAUAAAAUAAAGAAUAUAAAUAAAUCACGACGUUUCGAUUGCAACACAAACAAUCAUCAUCAGGUGUGACAACCACAGCAAGAACAUUUUUUUCUUUUUUCACCUACGUGACUUUACCGAAAGAAGCAAAGAGUAUGUAUAAGAGCUGUCUGUGAUCAUUGGGUUACAUGUUUGCAAUUAUCAGGUGUCCUGUGUCCCACGCUUCUAAUUCCGAUUAAAAAAAAGAUUUCUGUUGGUAGUGGGAACUUAGUUGUUAUAUGGCUAGCAGUGGUGGUGGAUUUGUGUUGUACUCGUCUCGAAUUCUAACUUUGACCCUUUAACAUUAUUGAUCCACUGGUGGUUCCAGUGAAUGAUAUCUUCCUGACUUAUAAUCUUACAGCUUCGAUCAUUCUCGCACCAUUUCCUCGACAACAGUGUUGAUCCAACACACUUAACUAAAACGUAGCACUGACACCACCUUUCAUGGGCAGUCAUCAUAGCCUUAAACCAGUUAACUCGUGCAAGGCCACGCUAGUAUGAGGUCACCUCUUUGUUAAGUAGAAGAAGAAAAAACAAGCGGCGAGCAAUGAAUAUCAAACAUUGGAACGUUAUAUCGUGGGAUCUCCUUUGCCAGUACCAAAAUAUAAUGAUGGGUUUUCCCCUUUUUUCUGGCAACAAAACAGGUGAUAAUUGGUUUUUUACCCUUCUAUCUGGCAACAAAACUGACACCUUUUUACAAGGAGUCAUGUUUGUAUAGACCGCAAUACCUGCAGUCAUAAUACAAACAAAAGACAUAACUCUGAUAAUGUGCACUGUCCUUGAAGUUGAUUGGUCCACACCCGAGACAGCUUUCCUUAGAGCCUAGUCUCACAUGGGUUGGACCAGAUGACGCCAAAAGGCGCACAACUCAAGGACAAUGCACCAUCAGAGUAUGAGAGCUCGGGGUCAAGCAUCUACACUAUGGGAACCUCAUUUGCCAGUAAAAAUAUGAUAAUUGUUUUUUUUACCCUUCUAUCUGGCAACAAAACUGACACCUUUUUACAAGGAGUCAUGUUUGUAUAGACCGCAAUACCUGCAGUCAUAAUACAAACAAAAGACAUAACUCUGAUAAUGUGCACUGUCCUUGAAGUUGAAGUAGAACAAAACAGCUGUGUUAAGAUGUUAAAACACCAAACUGAAACCUUUUACAAGGAAUCAUGUCUGCAUUAACCAGAAUGCUUGUGAUCAGAAAACAAAUAGUCCGUUUUUUGUUUGCAUUCUGACCACAAGCAUUGUGGUUAAUGCGGACAUGAUUCCUUGUAAAAGGUUUCAGUUUGGUGUUUUAACAACUUAACACCUGUUUUGUUGCCAGAAAAUAGGGGGAAAACCUAUUAACAUUGGAACGUUACUUUGCUGUGCCUGCCAUGAGUAUGUUGGUGGUGACGGUAACUCGGUGAUGGUGGUACAUAUGAACAUAUUUUGGAAUAUUACGUGGGAUGGUUAUCAAAUAAAUAUAUUUGCAUGGUCGUGUCGCCUAUUCAACUGUCACAUAACCGCCCGGACCAAUGAAUCGCUCGCGCCCACUGCGGUAAUUGUGGUGGUGGUGGUCAUCUCGGUCAGUCGACGCGUGGCACCUGGGUCUGCCCCGUGACCUGCCAGCGGGCGUUCGACACUUCACGUGACCUCAAGGUGCACUUGGCCUGGCACAAGCGCCGUGGUGACGUCACCGCCACUUAGUGGCGAAUGACGGUUGUGGUGUAACCAUCAUUCUCGGUAGAUGUUCAUGAAUCCAACCUUUUUACAUUCCUCGGCGAGCGAGUCGGAUAUGCGACAUUGUGCUGUCCUGCCACUCACUGAUCGUGGUGCAAAAUGAUUUAACGGUGUGGCGAUGUUUACUGCAUUCACUGUAUUGGUUAUCGCAAUUAAAGGUAUUUUGUCGAACACGCACAAAGACCCUGAAUAAACAUUUAAGUGUCUUACCUCA